GGAACCAAGACCAGAAUAGGAAAAUGUACCAUUGUUUUUGGAGGAUCGUCCAUAUACGAACGAACUGUCAAAACGCAUGCGCUCCACGACCGACUCCAUGGCUAUCCUCUCUAUGUGCUUCGACAGUCUAUCAUGGAUGAUGUCUGGUCGAAGCCCGCAUACAUACUGUCGCUUCUCCUGAGAGAGUUGGCCAAACCACAAGAAGAGAGACUGGAGUGGCUCCUUUGGGUUGAUGCAGAUACCAUCAUGCUGAACCCCUAUGUGCCUUUGGAGAUAUUCUUGCCACCGUCGCCUCAGUUCGACGACGUGCAUCUUUUGGUGACCAAUGACUGGAACGGUCUAAACAAUGGUGUAUUUCCAGUGCGAGUCAAUCAAUGGGCCGUUGAACUUUUCUCUGCUAUCAUCUCUUCCAGAUACUACAACCCAGACCAGGAUUUGACAUUCCGAGACCAAAGUGCUAUGAACCUACUCUUGAAAGACAAGAAGUUCGCAGCGCACACGGUCGACGCUCCUCAAAGAUGGUUCAAUGCCUACCAGGGCGAGCACAACGAGACCUUGGCUCCCUACCAAGUCCGGCGGGGAGACUUCUUGGUGCAUUUCGCCGGUGUCAUCAAUCGAGAUGAGAGAAUCCUUUUCUGGCUUGAUCGAGCUGAGCAGCAUUUGCCGGAUUGGGAGAUGGAGGUUCAGCACACAUCCUACCCCGCAGAAGUGAAAGACUUCUGG